AUGCCGGAACAGCAACAGCAAGUCGUCGAGCAGCAGGCGGAGCCCACGACCAGCUGGUGGGCCGGGUUGUUCAGCUCCAAAAAGGACAAUGAGAACAAAGAAGCGACCAACUCCUCCUCUUCCAAGAACCUCUCCCUCACGAAAAAUUCUUCUUCUGCCACCAGCAAGAAAACCCCGACGCUGGCGGAGUUUCACGCGUUGAAAGCGGAACUGGAUUUGAAGAAGAGCGAGUUGGAAAAACAGUCCGGGGAGGUGGAAAAUCAGAAGGUGAUAUGCCCUGAAGAUUAUGUACCACUCCGACAACUUUCUGUUAUAAGCAUGACAAAAACCGAAGUCCUUCCAUGGCUUGCAUGACAAAAUUAGCUGAAACAAGUGGUAUAAAUAUUUUCAGGGGAUGCCUGAUGUUGAAAUCCAACGAGGCGGAGAUUUGGCAGUUAAAGAAGGAAAUCGCGGAAUUGAAGUCGGAAAACGUGUUUGUGAAGAUUUUGACGAUGAUGCGGGAGAUGACCACGUGCAAGUAAGGGCGGAAUGAAGCCGUCGUGGUGGUGGAGAUCAGUGGGGAGGGAGAGGAAGAAGCAAAAGGAGGGUUUUAUUUUACUUGAAUAUGUUUCAGUUCAACUUCAAAUUCGUUCAGCAUUCGUUUCCAUUUUUUAGUUGUCUUGAGCUUACUGAUCACGGACUCGUUCUUUCUUUGUUCACCAUUGCAUUCUUCUAGCCAAUAGAUGCUCGAUCUUGAAGCGCAAGUUAGAUUUUACCAAAACUUAUGACAAGUUUACCUAUCUUACAUCCAAAAUGAACUAGAAGAAUUCUCUGCGAUUUUUGUUUCUUGUUUCCUCAUGCUCGUCCUGAACAAGUGCCUGUGAUACUGUUAGACGAAAGACGCAAUGUUUCUUUUAUCUCAUUAAACCCACCCAUCUACUAGCAAACUUUAUCAAUUGCAAAAGAGUAAGAGACUAUCGAUUGAAACCAUUUUUAUUUUCGUCCAACUCUAGCUUGAGCAUGCAUAAAAUCUUCCAGAGAAUAAAGUACUCGUCGAUUUAGUUGACUCUUCCAAAUUUUCCUCCUCCUUAGAGCUAUCAAUUUGACUUUAUCGCCGGACGAGUCGUCCUUGGCAGAGGAAAAGAACUUUUUCUUUCACAUCAUAGAGCUUUUUCUUUUGAAUGAGUUUGUUGAAGCAAGCACUCGGACAAGAGUUGAGAAAAUCUUUGGCAGUGCACGUUUACCUGUAAUUUCAGUUUCGACUUUCAUUUUGAUUUUGAACAGCCAUAUGCAUCGAGACUGGCGAGAUGAAGUGCUUAUUCUUAUUGUUGAAUUGAUGUCGGCCCCGGUGGCAGAAAUUCUCUCCUGUUAGUUGGAC